AUGUCGGGGGCAACCACCAAAGCGUGCGCCGAGGCCCUUCUUGCCAGCUGGAUCAGUCGAUUCGGAGUGCCGGAUGAUAUCAUGACGGACCACGGACCUGUUUUCCUGUCGGAGUUGUGGACCGCCCUGGCCCGCCUGAUGGGGACAUCGCUACACGCCACCACUGCCUACGACCUGGCGGCUAACGGCAUGGUGGAAAGGGUCCACCGAUCUCUCAAGGCUUCCCUAAUGGCACGCUGCACCGGCGAGGACUGGAAGAGCCAACUACCGUGGGUCCUCCUCGGCCUCCGGACCGCCCCUCAGGCGAACGGUGAAGCAUCACCUGCGGAGAAGUUAUACAGGGAACCAUUGGCAGUCCCAGGCGAGUUCUUCCCAACCAACGCUGAUGAAACAAACCUCUCCAUCACCAGACUUCGGGAAUCCACCGAAAAAUUCAUGCCCUGCAUCAAGACCUUCUCCGAAGGCCCUAUCAUCCUGCAAACACAUCUUCAUCAGUGA